GUGUUUGAUUUUUUCUUGUAGCUUCACAGCCUUUCCUGAUAUUCGGUCAUGGUAAAUCCAUUCAUCGGAUGGGCCUCGAUGGCAAGAACCACAGAAGGCUCGUGGCAGGCGUGGGAAGCUCUAUUCUGCUCGACUUACAUUUCAAAGAAGAGAGAGUUUACUGGGCUGACAAGCGCAAAGGGGUCAUUUACAGAGUCUCUGUGAAAGGAGCACACAGACAGAAGCUACAUUCAUUUGACAAACACAUCUCAGGCCUUGCGGUGGACUGGAUUCGGAACAGUGUAUAUUGGACAAAUGGAGAAAAAGGGGAAAUCAAGAGAAUGGAUACAAAUGGGAAAAAUGAGAGAACACUCUUAAGACACUUAACCCAACCAAGUUACAUAAGUGUUGACCCCACUGUCAGGUUUUUAUUUUGGCUGUCUGGCGAGAUGACUUCAAGUGUUCAACGUUCUGAUGUCAUGGGUCAGAUGAAAACAACACUAAUUAAAAUAUCCAAACAACUCAGAGCACUGUCGAUUGACCGACAAGACAAAAGGCUGUUCUGGGUUCAGUUUGGUCUGCAAGGAGAAAGUGCCAUCGCUUCUUGUGACUACAAUGGAAAUACCUUGCACAUCAUUGAUCAGCCACUCCGCUCUCAAUCACUUGGAAUAUCAGUGUUCCUGGAGCACCUCUAUUACACUGAUGCAGCAUCUCGGGUUAUGAAACGAGUUAACAAAUACACUGGUGGAAAGCCGGUGGAUGUAAACAUUAGGAAAAUGGCAAAACCUCCGGUUGAUAUCAAGGUGGUGCAUCCCCUCAACCAACCAAUGGAAGACUCAUCAUCAACCUUUCCAGGCUGUGAUGAACAGAGUGGGGAUUGUGUGAACGUGUGUUCCCGUCUAGCAGAUCAAGGGGUUUGCCAGUGCAGCGAAGGCUUUGCUCCAAGUAAACAAGGCAGUUAUUGUGAAGAUGUAAAUGAAUGUGCCCACUGGAACCAUGGCUGCUCUCUUGGUUGUGAAAACAUCCCAGGCUCAUAUUUCUGUACCUGCCCAAAAGGAUACGCGCUCCUACCAGACAGGAAAACAUGCCAAGAAAUCAUACUAUGUGAAGGCAGCAAUAUAAAAUGUGGCCAUGGAUGCCUACAAAUGGAAAAUGGUGUCGUCUGCAUUUGCCCCGAGGGGUCUGUUCUUCAGGAGGAUGGACAAGCAUGCACUGGUUGCUCAUCAGCAGAUAAAGGCGGCUGCAGUCAGAUCUGUAUUCCCAUCACUCCUAGUAGGUGGCAGUGUGGCUGCCUGCCUGGCUACCAGCUCCAUCAAGAUGGCAAACGCUGCAUUGCAACUGGACCUCCACCCUACCUACUUGUUGCCAAUAGAGUAGAUGUGAGAAGAAUUAACCCUGAUGGUACUGAGGAUCAAACCUUGGUGAAGGAGCCCAGAGGAACAAUCUUAGCUUUGGACUACGACCCUGUCCAGAACCACGUGUACUUUGCAAGCACAAGUCAGAAGACAAUUGAGCGAGUCGAUCUAAACGGUGGAUCACGAAACGUUCUUGUCUCUCAUGGUUUGGAUUCACCAGAAGGACUGGCAAUUGACUGGGUCCAUCGCAGGAUGUACUGGACAGAUAAAAAAAAGUCGACUGUUGACAGCAGCACUCUGACUGGACUGUACAAAGAAACUGUUGUGAGUGAAAGGCUGCAGAAACCACGAGGGAUAGCAGUUCAUCCUCUGGCAAAGAAGUUAUUCUGGACUGACGUAGGGAUCCAGCCUAUGGUGGAGUGUGCCUCUUUAGAUGGGGGAAAACGGGCUGUCAUAGCUAGUACCAACCUUGUGUCACCUACCGGCCUGACCAUCGAUUUCACAGACGAUCGACUGUUCUGGUGUGACCAGAAGCAGGGCCUGAUUGAAACUGCCGCCUUGGAUGGUUCAGAUCGACGAAUUCUGUUAGAGAACCAAGUAGGUCGUCCUUUUGACCUUGCAGUAUUUGAAGACCAGCUCUGGAUCUCUGACUGGGAGCACCAGCAGCUGAGGAGCAUACACAAGCGGACUGGGAAGAAACUGCAGCGGAUCCAUGGCAGCAUGGUUCAGCCGGCAUCCAUUGUGGUGGUUCAUCCACUCUCUAAACCAGGGGUAGACGUCUGCCUUCACCUGAAUGGAGGCUGUGCUCAGGUGUGUAAAAGCAAGGUGGGAUUUGCCCACUGCUCCUGUCUUCCACGUUACAUCCUAUCAGCUGAUGGAAAAAACUGUUUUCCUAUUGAUGGCUUAAAUGGAACAACAGAAUCUGGAGAUAGUGAAGCCUCUGAUUCAACAGCUCUCAAAAACAAAACAUUUAAUGAUCAGAACCCACCAAUGACAACAGCUGGGUUUACAGCUGGUAAGGAGAAAGUUGAUCUCCACUCUGAUGGAGCCAAUGAGCCAACUCUCUUCACAGACAAGAUGAUUUCAGACCAGAAUGAGUGUUACUCUCUCCGCUGUGACGUGAAUGCACAGUGCCUGCUGAAUGCCGGAAACCCCACCUGUUUAUGUCUAGACGGGUUUACAGGUGAUGGACAGUUAUGUCUUGACAUUGAUGAAUGUAAACUGGGAACACAUAACUGUGACAAACAUGCAGAAUGUCAGAACAUAAUAGGGAAGUAUAUAUGCAAGUGUCUGUCUGGAUACUACGGCAACGGGCAGAAAUGUCAAGAAUUGACCAAACCACCAUGGGUGACACCCAGAAUCCCCGUUGAUGACACCAUACAGCACCACAACAAUAACUCAGCAGAGAGGUGCCCCUCCAGCCAUGAGGCCUACUGUCUGUACCAGGGCGUCUGCUUCUACUUUCCUGAAAUGGAGUCCUAUGCCUGCAACUGUAUAUUAGGGUACAUGGGGGAGCGUUGUCAGUUCAGUGACCUGGAAUGGUUGGAGCUUCAGCAGGCUGAAAAGGAGAAGAGAAGGAAUGUGGUCAUUGCAGCCUGCAUGGUGAUGCUCAUCUCCCUGCUUUCUAUCACCGCCUGUGUCACCUACUGUUUCAGAACAAGAAGAAUAUUCCAGAAACAGCCCUCAGUGGAUAAUAGUGAAACAGAUGAGAGCAUGUCAGACACCACCACUUCCAGUGUUCCUCGGUUCUACAUGGUGGCAGAAAGUGGAGUGGAAGUAAAGCUUGUUCCACCAGUGGGCUGUCCAAGGAGAGCUGUCUGCCCAUCCUGCUCCUCAGAAACAGGCACCAGCACUACGUCUGAAGAGCCAGGAACAUUGUCCAAGCACAACAGAGGGUAUGAGUGUUCCAUGGUGUCAGCUGCUGCUAUGGAGACCACCCAGCCUAAUGUUAAUAACUCAGAUCCAUCAGUGAAACACUCAAAUACUGGGAAUUCUGUCAAUUCUGCAUCAUUUCCAGGGUGUCUUUCCUAGUUCAACACCGCCGUACAGUUCGCAGCACAGUACUGUAACCUUGGUGCAUCAAACAUUGUAGAUUUGGUAGGAAAAAAUAAAGUUUUACUAAAAAGUUUCUCAAAAAGUAUAUUUAACAUAUGGGCCUUAGAGCUUUGUAGAAAGGGCUAAAAUAGGAAUCUCAAAACACAAAGUAAAAUUGUAGUGAACCCAUAUAGGUAUUCCUUCUCAGCUGGAUGUGAUGGAGAAAACUUAUCUUUCACUAAUACGUUUUUACAUAAUUCAGUAUUGAUAGAAACCUUUCUAUGUAGUAAUUUCUCUGGGUAUAAUGAGGAAUGUCACAGCUCAAUUUGUAGUCGUCCUCAGUUUUUUAAACUUAGUUUUAUGUUUUAGC